AUGGAGGCUGCACACGCCAAGAGCACAGAGGAAUGUCUGGCCUAUUUUGGGGUGAGUGAGACGACAGGCCUCACCCCGGACCAAGUGAAGAGGCACAUAGAGAAGUACGGCCCCAAUGAGCUACCUGCCGAGGAAGGGAAGUCCCUGUGGGAGCUGGUGGUGGAGCAGUUUGAAGACCUUCUGGUGCGCAUCCUCCUCCUGGCCGCCUGCAUCUCCUUCGUGCUGGCCUGGUUUGAGGAAGGCGAAGAGACCGUCACUGCCUUUGUGGAACCCUUUGUCAUCCUCCUGAUCCUCAUCGCCAACGCCAUCGUGGGGGUUUGGCAGGAACGUAAUGCAGAGAACGCCAUUGAGGCCCUGAAGGAAUAUGAGCCCGAGAUGGGAAAAGUCUACCGGGCUGACCGGAAGUCAGUGCAGAGGAUCAAGGCUCGGGACAUUGUCCCCGGGGACAUUGUGGAGGUGGCUGUGGGGGACAAGGUCCCUGCAGACAUCCGCAUCCUCUCCAUCAAAUCCACCACCCUCCGGGUGGACCAGUCCAUCCUGACAGGCGAGUCCGUCUCUGUCAUCAAGCACACAGAGCCUGUCCCCGACCCCCGAGCCGUCAACCAGGACAAGAAGAACAUGCUCUUCUCGGGCACCAACAUCGCAGCUGGCAAGGCCAUCGGCAUCGUGGCCACGACCGGCGUGAGCACCGAGAUUGGGAAGAUCCGAGACCAAAUGGCCGCCACGGAGCAGGACAAGACGCCGCUGCAGCAGAAGCUGGACGAGUUUGGGGAGCAGCUCUCCAAGGUCAUCUCUCUCAUCUGCGUGGCCGUAUGGCUCAUCAACAUUGGCCACUUCAACGACCCCGUCCACGGGGGCUCCUGGUUCCGUGGCGCCAUCUACUACUUCAAGAUCGCCGUGGCCCUGGCCGUGGCUGCGAUUCCAGAAGGCCUGCCCGCCGUCAUCACCACCUGCCUGGCCUUGGGCACCCGCCGGAUGGCCAAGAAAAACGCCAUCGUGAGGAGCCUGCCCUCCGUCGAGACCCUGGGCUGCACCUCUGUCAUCUGUUCCGACAAAACGGGCACCCUCACCACCAACCAGAUGUCGGUCUGCAAGAUGUUUGUCAUCGACAAGGUGGAGGGGGACUCCUGCGUGCUCAACAAGUUCUCCAUCACCGGCUCCACCUACGCUCCCGAAGGAGAGGUCCUGAAGAAUGAUAAGCCAGUCCGGGCGGGGCAGUAUGAUGGGCUGGUGGAGCUGGCCACCAUCUGUGCCCUCUGCAAUGACUCCUCUUUGGACUUCAAUGAGGCCAAAGGCGUUUAUGAGAAGGUAGGCGAGGCCACCGAGACGGCUCUCACCACCCUCGUGGAGAAGAUGAAUGUGUUCAACACGGACGUGAGGAGCCUCUCAAAGGUGGAGAGGGCCAACGCCUGCAACUCGGUGAUCCGCCAGCUAAUGAAGAAGGAAUUCACCCUGGAGUUCUCCCGGGACAGAAAGUCCAUGUCCGUCUAUUGCUCCCCGGCCAAGUCCCGGGCAGCCGUGGGCAACAAGAUGUUUGUCAAGGGUGCCCCCGAGGGGGUCAUCGACCGCUGCGCCUACGUGCGAGUCGGCACCACCCGGGUGCCCAUGACGGGGCCGAUGAAGGACAAGAUCAUGACCGUGAUCAAGGAGUGGGGCACUGGCCGCGACACCCUGCGCUGCCUGGCUCUGGCCACCCGGGACACCCCCCCGAAGCGAGAGGACAUGAUCCUGGAGGACUCUACCAAGUUCAUGGACUAUGAGACGGACCUGACGUUUGUUGGCGUGGUCGGCAUGCUGGACCCUCCCCGGAAGGAGGUCACAGGCUCUAUCCAGCUGUGCCGGGACGCCGGCAUCCGGGUGAUCAUGAUUACCGGGGACAACAAGGGCACGGCCAUUGCCAUCUGCCGACGGAUCGGCAUCUUCGGGGAGAACGAGGAGGUGACAGACCGGGCCUACACCGGCCGGGAGUUCGACGACCUGCCCCUGAACGAGCAGCGGGAGGCCUGCCGCCGCGCCUGCUGCUUCGCCCGCGUGGAGCCGGCCCACAAGUCGAAGAUCGUGGAGUAUCUGCAGUCUUACGACGAGAUCACUGCUAUGACAGGCGACGGGGUCAACGACGCCCCUGCUCUGAAGAAGGCCGAGAUCGGCAUCGCCAUGGGCUCCGGCACCGCCGUGGCCAAGACCGCCUCGGAGAUGGUGCUGGCGGAUGACAACUUCUCCACCAUCGUGGCGGCCGUGGAGGAGGGCCGGGCCAUCUACAACAACAUGAAGCAGUUCAUCCGCUACCUCAUCUCCUCCAACGUGGGCGAGGUGGUCUGCAUCUUCCUGACAGCCGCCCUGGGGCUGCCCGAGGCCCUGAUCCCCGUGCAGCUGCUGUGGGUGAACCUGGUGACGGACGGGCUCCCGGCCACCGCCCUGGGCUUCAACCCACCGGACCUGGACAUCAUGGACCGGCCCCCCCGCAGCCCCAAGGAGCCCCUCAUCAGCGGCUGGCUCUUCUUCCGCUACAUGGCCAUUGGGGGCUACGUGGGGGCGGCCACCGUGGGAGCGGCCGCCUGGUGGUUCCUGUAUGCGGACGACGGGCCCCACGUCACCUACAGCCAGCUGACUCACUUCAUGCAGUGCACCGAGGACAAUCCUGACUUCGAGGGCGUGGAGUGCGAGAUCUUUGAGGCCCCUGAGCCCAUGACCAUGGCCUUGUCUGUGCUGGUCACCAUCGAGAUGUGCAAUGCGCUCAAUAGCCUCUCGGAGAACCAGUCCCUGAUCCGGAUGCCGCCCUGGGUGAACAUCUGGCUGCUGGGCUCCAUCUGCCUCUCCAUGUCCCUCCACUUCCUCAUUCUCUACGUGGACCCUCUGCCGAUGAUCUUCAAGCUCCGGGCCUUGGACGUGACCCAGUGGCUUAUGGUCCUCAAGAUCUCAUUGCCCGUCAUCGGGCUCGACGAACUCCUCAAGUUCGUUGCUCGGAACUAUCUGGAGGAUCCAGAAGAUGAAAGAAGGAAGUAA